AUGAAAGAGUGGUUGUUAUCAGAUUGGAUGCCAUGGUACAGUCCUCAACCUGACUUUAGCACUAUUGGUGUGAACAGGUGGGCUAUUAAUUUAUUAUCUUUUGUAGAGGAACCCUUGAUGAUCCUUUAAAAAAAUAUAGGAUAUCAGGGUUCCCCAGGAAAUUUAAAGUAGAAAAAAAAAACCUUCAGCCAUACAUUACAUGUAGGUGAUUUGUCUUGGCAUGGGUGUGGAAAGGGGCAUAGCCCCAUUUAUUGAAGGAAUCUGAUGACCUUUCCAGGGAAAUUUUGAAUUGUGGAAUCCUUAAAAGUAAACUUUCAUGCAUUUUGUGGGGCCCAAAAAAAAAUGGCAUACAUGUGUGAAUGGCUUCGUUAUUAUUUACCCAUUAACUGCUUUACCAAAUAUCACAUUUGCUUUACCAACUGACCCCAGUUGUUCAGUUGUGUUUGCUUUGCUUACUGGCAUAAAGAGAACUUUGUUUUGAGUGGUUUGAAAUCCUUUCGUAUAUAUGUAUCUCAUGUCAAGGCCUAUAAAGGGGAUCUGUGGCUUUACUCAAGAAACUAUUGUGGGUCUGGUAGCAACCUUGGAGAGUAGAGACUUACAAAAUGCCAGGAAAGAGCGCUCCCCCCGCGCACAUGAGAGCAUCAGCAACUGAUGAUGUUGAAGGGAUUAUAGCCCUAAAAUAUGAAAUGCUUGGAGACAUCUUUGAUGUCAAACAAUAUUUGGAUGCACGACCGAAAAUUCUCAGUGAACUCACAGAUCCCAGAUCCAGACCCAGAUCUGGAAUUUUUUUUUACUGA